CCUUUCACCACCAUUGGCACCUCCUAGUUUUUGCUCAGUUCUGCUGCUGGUGGAAGAAAGCCAUGGAUCUGGGAGCCUCAGGAAAUGAUUCUGUUGUCACUGAGUUUGUCCUGCUGGGUCUGUCAGAGACCCCAGCUCUGCAGCCCGUCCUCUUCACCGUCUUCCUUCUCGCUUACGUAGCUACUCUUGGGGGCAACCUCAGCAUCCUGGCUGCCAUCCUCGCCGAACCCAAACUCCACACCCCCAUGUACUUCUUCCUGGGGAACUUGUCCCUGCUGGAUGUCGGGUGCAUCAGUGUCACUGUCCCUGCCAUGCUGAGACGCUUCGUGUCCAAUAACAGAAGCAUUCCCUACGGGGCCUGCCUCUCACAGCUCUUCUGUUUCCACCUCCUGGCAGGGGCGGACUGCUUCCUGCUGACAGUCAUGGCCUAUGACCGCUACCUGGCCAUCUGCCAGCCCCUCACCUACAGCACCCGCAUGAGCUGGGGAAUUCAGCAAGCGCUAGUGGGCGUGUCGUGUGCCUUUUCCUUCACCAACGCACUGACCCAAACUGUUGCCUUAUCUACUCUUGACUUCUGUGGCCCCCAUGUGAUCAAUCACUUCUACUGUGACCUCCCACAGCUCUUCCAGCUCUCCUGCUCCAGCACCCAGCUCAAUGAGCUGCUGCUCUUUGUAGCAGCAGCCUUCAUGGGUGUGGCCCCACUGGUCCUCAUCACUGUGUCCUAUGCACACGUGGCAGCCGCAGUCCUGCGAAUCCGCUCUGCUGAGGGCAGGAAGAAAGCCUUCUCCACGUGUGGCUCCCACCUCACGGUUGUCAGCGUAUUCUACGGGACAGGCGUCUUCAGCUACAUGAGGCUGGGCUCAGUGGAGGCUUCGGACAAAGACAAAGGGAUUGGCAUCCUCAACACUGUCAUCAGCCCCAUGCUGAACCCACUCAUCUACAGUCUCCGGAACCCUGAUGUGCAGGGCGCCCUGCAGCGGGUGUUCACAGGGAGACGGCCUCCAGAGUGA